AUGGAUAGGAGUUGGAUGCAACUUCAUAAUAGAAGGUUACAUCAAUACAUUGAUGGGGUAAAAGAAUUUAUCAUGUUUGCUCGUGAUCAUAUAAAAUCAGGGACGAGUAAGAUUUGGUGUCCGUGUAAUAGAUGCAAUAACCGUAUCCAAAAAACAAUAGAUGACGUUGAAAUUCAUUUGUUUGCAUAUGGAGUUGUCACAACUUACACUAGGUGGGUGUAUAAUGGGGAAGAUUUUGAGUUGAAUGACAGUGAUCUCUCGGAAAAUGAAAAUGACGAAUAUUUCAAUAAUGUGACAGAGAAAUCAAAUUCUCCCAAUACUGAGGUGCGAGAAAUUGUCCAUGACAUACAUAGUGGACCGUCCACAUUUGCUUAUACUGGGGAAGCAUCUAGUAGUCGUAAUCCUGACUUGUCUGGUGCUCAUGGUAGUGAAGGAAAUGCAUUUGCAAGAUUAAUGAGGGAUGCAGAACAAGAAUUGUAUCCGAAUUGCCAACGAAAUUCCAAAUUAUCAUUCAUUGUUAAGCUGCUACAUCUAAAGGUGCUCAAUAAAUGGAGCAACAAAUCACUCACGAUGAUGCUAGAACUACUGAAGAAUGCACUUCCCAUCGGGGAAACACUCUCAUGCUCAUACAAUGAAGUUAAACAAAUACUUCGAGAUUUGGGCCUUGAUUAUCAAAAAACACAUGUAUGUAAGAACGAUUGUGUACUUUUUUGGAAGGAGUAUGAAAAUGAAGAUAAAUGCCCUACUUGCAAGGAGCCUAGAUACAAAUUUCAUAAAGGUGAAGGUAAAGGUAAAAAGAUCCCUCACAAGGUUUUGCAGUACUUUCCUUUAAAACCAAGGCUACAAAGGUUAUUUAUAUCAAGGAAGGUAGCUACUGAUAUGAGGUGGCACAAAGAUAAACGCGUGGAGGAGAAAAAUGUAAUGCGCCAUCCAGCGGACUCUGAAGCAUGGAAAGACUUUGACAAAAGCAUGAGUCAUUCGCCAAAGAUCCUCGAAAUGUUAGGCUCGGAUUGGCAAGUGACGGCUUCAAUCAAUUUGGGAAUAUGA